CUUCACCUAAAACCUAGUGGUAAAUAUGUAUCAAAUGAUAUUCCGUAAGUACAUAAGUUCCGAAAAACUCAUUGGCAAGAGUCAGGAUUCAAAGGUGUAUGUGAAGACCUCAACCGUCAUUGAGCCAGCGUGGGGACUAAUAUAGGCCAAACCCUCUCGCGCAUGAGAGGAGGCAUGUGCUCAGUAGCUGAAUUAUUAUUAUUAUUAUUGUUUCCAAAUUUUUAUAACACGUUCAAACUUUCGAACAUCGAUUCCAUAUUUGUAACUGUUUUUUUGUAAUUUUUAUUGUUUGUAAAAAUGGACAUGUAAAAGUGCACCUGUGGCCUAUUUGCUGAAUAAAUGUUUGAUAUUUCUUAACAAUAAAGUAACUAUUAUCUACUAACUGAACGAAAGAUAAUAUAAACAAUAAUUUCUCUCGUAGUACCUAUUUGGAAGUAGGUAAGUAUUACUCGUAAUUAUAUAAUGGAUUAUUAUCCCAUAAUAACAUAACUCACAACAUAAGUUUGACAAUGAUUAAACAAUAAUUACAAUUUACAAUGCAUCUUGCGUGUUCCAAUAUACGAAACCAAAUUAAAUCAAGUUAAGUUUUUAAAGUUCAAAUGUCGCUCCAGAGCGCUUAAAUCGCAAACGCAUCGAAACAAGCCGCCAACUAACUUUUCCGUGCAUUCUCGAAGUUUCCCGGAGCGCGGGAAAGUGGCGAAGUCGCGGCCCACCGCCACGCCCCUCUUGCGUCCCGCUCGCACGCGGCUAACCGCAACCGACUAAUUCUUUCCGUACUUUAUUUUCUUACAAGAUAUAUUGGGUUUUGAGGUUUUCCAUUUUGUAUUUAUUGAGAACUGGUUCUCAAUACGUAACAUAUGAUUCUUCAGGCUACGACUGUAGUAGGUACUGGUAAAGUUACUGUGAAGGAUUAUAUUUAAUUAUAGUUCAGUAACUAGUUAUAAAAACUCAGUUCCCAAGUAUCUGAAGCAUUUAUUAAUUAAAGUGAAUGAGAAUCAAAUAUAUUUCCGUAACCCGCUUAAAAUAUGGCAAUUACAGGCGUCAAUCAAAAACCCCUGUCGUUGAAAUAGCUCGCGUGCUCCGUUAAUGAAGUGCCACCCCGCGAGUGCUCCCGGCUCCAAACAUGAAAAUCAUAAUUUUUCAUGAGCUCGUUGAUAGGUUUUCGCGCCGGCCGCGGUUUCCCGCCGCCCCGCGCCCUAAUUACCGCCGCCUCACGAUACGUCACCGCGGUGCCUCAAAAAAAUCCUCCCAUCCCUCUCCCACACGACACCGGUGAGCCGCGGUGUCCCACUCCGCUGAACAUUUUUAUAAAAACGCAGAGACCGACCGCUACUGUCCCGCUUCUACCCGCUGCGGCUCCGCGGCGCCCGCACCCUUCGUCUCCUUCCCGCUUUUUACGAGACGCAGGGGCCGCCACCCGGGUGGGGGGCGGCGACCGCGCGAACGCAAAAUAUUGACCAUCGGAAAAAGUCGCGUCGUAUCGCAGUCAUCAGUCGAAACCGAGUCCUCGCGAGCACGCGUCCCCUUCGCUGCGACUUCGGCGCGAGUCGUGAGUCUUCGGAUUGCGGUCACGGCGAUCCCACCGCCCGCUUAUUUUUCGAUCCCCGCCCGACGUCUUCCGCGCGCCCAACAAGUGGCGUAGUCGCUCACACGACGUCGCACCCGCGUGAGCACAACUUUCCGGAGCGCGCGACUUUGUUCGAAAUUUGAUCGCGUGUUUGGAAACUUUUUCCGAGUGUCUAUAAACUUUAGUGACGUGACGAAGGACUUCAGUGGCGUGUUGAUACGAGGGUUAGACUGGAGUCGAUGCACUUACCGCACGCGAGCCCUCCCGCAGCCAGUAUGGCGGAUGUAUACUCCCAUAUCCACGAUUACUACCGGCAGAGCCAUGGAGAGCUGGUGCAAACUGGAUCUCCUGCCGUUUUAUGUUCAGCGCUUCCGAACCAUUGGCGGUCAAACAAAUCUCUACCGGUGGCUUUCAAAGUGGUCGCCUUGGAUGAUGUCCAGGACGGGACAUUGGUGACCAUCAAGGCUGGGAAUGAUGAAAAUGUGAUGGCCGAGCUGAGGAACUGUACGGCGGUGAUGAAGAACCAAGUGGCCAAGUUCAACGACCUUCGGUUCGUGGGUCGCAGCGGCCGUGGGAAGUCCUUCUCUCUGACCAUCACUAUCAGUACCUUCCCCAGCCAAGUGGCUUCUUACACCAAGGCCAUCAAAGUCACCGUUGAUGGACCAAGAGAACCUAGAACUAAACAAAAUUACGGAUACGGGCAUCCCGGCGCUUUCAGUCCGUUCCUUCUUAACCCGGGGUGGCUGGACGCGGCGUACCUCAACUACGCGUGGGCCGACUACUUCAGGCCACCGCAGAUGCGGGAUCAAGCCCUUGUUAAAGGUGGAACCUUACCGCCUCCCGUGCCACUACCGGGAGCGGAUCUCUUCCCGUUCCCUCCUGCAAUGGCUAACCUGCCGCCAGGAGCAGGCGGUCUGAUACCUUCGCCCGGCGCAUUCCUGCCAGGCAAUGGACUCUUGCCAUUCGGUCCGCAUCCUGGUGAUUUGGCGUUGAAGUCGUUGCCUCCUGAGCUAACAAUGAAAAACGGAAUCAGUCCUUAUGAUGCCUUGAGACAGCUUCAAAGCAACGUGUCUUCAUUGGACAAUUCUAGUGCUCGUCUGUCUCCAACGAGCAGUAGGCAGAGCGGCAGUCCGCGCAGCAUAAUCAAUGCCAGUCCGGAUAGAUCGAAAGCGGACUCGAAGUCUGAAGUGAAGUCAGAAGCCACAAUCUCUGAUGAGUCGGACGAAGAGCCGAUAGAGGUGGUGAAAUCAGCGUUCCACCCGACUAGACCUGCGAAUGUUGAGUUGCAGGAAAUGAAACAAGUACAGGCGGCUGACUCGACAGUGUCGGACCGGCCGCGUAUGCGCAACGAACUUAAAGCGCCGACGCAGCGCACCACGCGCAUCGUCUCUACCAGUCCCACAUCAACCAAAAUCGCCAACGGGACGAUAUCAACGCACAAAUCCGUCUGGCGGCCAUAUUAACCAUAGUAGUCAAGUGUUAUCUUAUUUGUAGUAUCCGCUCUUCUUAGAGCUUGUUAAAAUGUGAUAAACCAAUGAGCUUGUACAUAAGGUGUAAAGAUUUAAAUUUGAUUUAUACAAGAUAUUUAUUGUUAGCGUGAUCUUAAGAUUUGUGAUUUAGAAUUUCUAGCUGGUCUAGAUUAUUGUACCGAUGCAUGUAAAUAGAUAUUAAAGGUACUUGAAAUAAAUGUACAAUACGGUUAGUAUUAUUGCACAUGUGUUCAAGCUUGUCUACAUUAGAGUACCUAAGUAUUGUUUAUUUUUAAAAUAUUUUAUUAGGUAGUACUUCAUAGCGACGUUUAAAACCAUUUAGAUAUAACAAAUAGAUGUAUUUGACGAUUUUCUUUGAAAAUGACUGAUUACUAUUAAUCUAAGAUACAGAGACUUGUAUCAUUGUAAAUAAUGUAAGUACAUAUUUAUUAACUUGACAAAGUGUAGAUAUAGUCAUAAUGGUAAUUAUGCCGGUUGUAAAAAUGUAUUUAGAAAAUCGAGAUAAAGAGAGUAUUAUAAAAAUUAAAACACAAUUUUAUUACACAUCCUAAUUUCACCCCAUUAUAUCUGAAGAGCAAUUUUAACCAAGGAUCUGACCUCCCCGGCUCACUCGAUGAAAAGCCAUGUGGUUAUUGUUUGUUGGUAUAAGAAGAAACAAACACAUGGCAAGGCGACUACUGCGCCUUAUUUGUGGCCGAACACGUACACAAUCUGUCAAGCACAUGUUUGCGAAGGACAUUGCGGUGACUGGUACUCUAUAAAUUAUACCUACAUAUCUGACAGUAUUUACAAUCUUAAUUUCAGUAGCAAUAUAAUUUAUUUAGUGGAGUUACGAACUCCCACUAGUACUGCUAAAUAAACUAAUACACACUAUAAUUACGGAACAAAGUUGAUAACAAUAGUUAUUUGUACAACAAGAGAGCAAAGUUUGAUAUUUCUUCGAGUGCUUAUUUUGAGUCCUGCGAAGAUUACUUUGAGUCCUCCCGUGAAGCGAACGAUUCUAAUUUCGAAUCUUGAUCGCAGGAAGAGACUCAAAAGCGCACGUGAUGUAAAUAACUUUGAUCACGUGUAGUACACUAUAUUUUUCACGACAGCAGUGAGAACAUAUUUGGAAGGUAAAAAUACAACCUGAAAAAAUGUAAUCCGUCUUCAUCACUAUUUCACUCAUGUUUUCUUAAGGUAUUAUAACAAUUAAGUUUAAUUAUCGCAAUAAAACAAAACGAAAUAAAAUUUCAAUA